UGUGCUGGGCUCUCAUUCGCUGAGAAGUUAUUUGAAGUUGAAGUGACCCGAGGAGGUGCGUUGGGGAGCACGAGCAGCACUAGGAAGGACUGAGAGCGCGUGCAGGGCACUGUAGGAAGAUGGCGAUGGACCAAGCAAGGACGACAAUAUCAAAAAUAUUUAAUGGGGAACCUCGUUCCUAUACGCGCUUCAACCUCACCCAGAACAUGGAGGGGGACAACAGCCAGGUGGAGAUGAAGCUGUCCUCCGAUAUGGACGAGGAGGUGGGGGGGAACGGCGUCGGGGAGCACAUGAACCACCACCCGCGCCCGGCCUACACCAGCAAACCCAACCAGCGCUCCCCCAGGAGCAUCUGCUUCAUGGGCAUCGGCAUUCUCCUGCUCUUCAUCAUCGGAUACCUGGUCGGCUACCUCUCCCACCGGCGGACAGACCGAGCAGCUCCGAGCUGUGCAGAAGCUCUGUCCUCCGACGACAGCGACGGAUCAGCUCCCAUACAAACGGUUCCCUCUCUCGACUGGAAAGACAUCACAGCCUUAUUUAAAGAUAAACUCAGCACAGCCAACAUCGAGAGCAGCCUCAGUGAGUUCUCCAUCGCUGAUCAUCAGGCCGGCUCUGCAGGAGACGAGGCUCUUGCGAAUAAGCUGAUGAGGAAAUUCAGGGAUUAUAAUAUGAACCCCUGGACUGAUGAGCACUUCGUCAGAGUCCAGGAUCCUCCGUCCAGCGGCUCCAACAAAAUCACUUUCCGUGAUCAGUCUUUCUCUGAGUCCGGCUUCUUAUCUUACAGCGGAACUGGAUCAGUACAGGGGACGCUUUUGUACGCAUAUUAUGGACAAAUGGAUGACUUGAGGCGCCUGCAAGAUCUUACCAUCGACUUUAACGGGAAAGUCCUUUUGGUCAGAGCUGGAAAAAUCAGUUUUGCUGAAAAGGUGGCUAACGCAGCUGCUGUGAAUGCGAGUGCUGUGCUGAUCUACCCGGAUCCUGCAGAUUACUCCAUCGGGGAAGGAACUGAUCUGUAUGGACAUGUUCAUCUGGGCUGUGGAGAUCCCUACACUCCAGGAUUUCCAUCCUUCAAUAACACUCAGUUUCCUCCAGCCCAGUCCUCAGGCCUGCCCACCAUCCCCGCCCAGACCAUCCGGCCCAGUACAGCUGCAGCUAUCAUGGGGAUGAUGGAGGGUCGUGAUCCUCCUCGUGGCUGGGGGAACGGAGGGCUCCAGAAGUAUAAGCUUGGAGGAGAUGAUGACCUGGUGACUGUGGAGGUGAAUAAUGUCCUCACUGAGAAGAAGAUCCACAAUGUGUUCGGGGUCAUUAAAGGUUUAGUAGAUGCAGAUCGUUAUGUGGUGAUUGGUGCUCAGAGGGAUGCCUGGGGUCCUGGAUACGCCAAGUCUACAGUCGGCACCAGUUUGCUGGUUGAAAUCGCCAGAAGUAUUAGCGAGAUGAUCAGCAAAAAUGGAUUUAAGCCCAGGAGGAGUAUAGUGUUCGCAAGCUGGAGUGCUGGAGAAUAUGGAGCUGUUGGCGCCACCGAGUGGCUGGAGGGUUAUCUGUCUUCCCUGAACAUGAAAGCAUUUUCCUACAUCAGCCUUGAUGGAGUCGUUACGGGUCCCACUUUUAAGGCCAGUGCGAGUCCCCUGAUGUACGACGUGAUUCAGAGCACACUAAAAGAGGUUUCUUCACCCAGUGAUUCCAGCAGGACUUUGUAUUCUCAGGUGGCUGGAAGCAACUGGGAAUCUGCUGUGAUGGAGCCGAUGACGUUAUCAGACACUGCCUAUCCGUUCCAGGCUUUCACCGGCAUUCCGUCAGUCUCGAUCCGCUUCACUUCUGAAAAAGAGUAUCCCUUCUUUGGCACCAUGUUGGACACCAAGCAGAAUCUGGACAUUAAAGUAUCUUACUCCUUAUCAGCGCUGGUUAAAACAGCAGGAGAGAUAGCCGGUCAGAUGGCUCUUCGGCUGGUCCACGAUCACCUGAUCAGACUGAACGUGGAGAAAUACACCAGCAUCCUCCGCAGCAACGUGGCCCUGAUCAACCGAGAGGUCAUCGGUCUGCAAGCGUCUGGCCGCGUUCCAAAGACCCUGAAAAUGCAGUGGCUGAUGUCGGCUUUGGGAUCGUACAGUCGCGCCUCCAGAAAACUCACCAGCAACAUCCAGAACAGCGACCUGGGGGACUUUGAGCAGUGUCGCAUCAUCAACAACCAAAUCAUGGGGGUGGAGAGGGACCUUCUGUCUCCAUACGUGUCUCCACAGAUCAGUCCGUUCAGACACAUACUGCUGGGCUCUGGAUCUCACACUCUGGGGGGGUUAAGGGCUCACCUGACCGCCAUAAAGGAGGGCUCGGCCAGCGCCGACCUCGACCUGCUGAAGAACCAGUUCGCUCUGACCACCUGGACCAUCCAGAGCUGUGCCAACGCACUGGCAGGAAGCGUGUGGGAGAUGGACAACGAGAUUUAGGCCUGUGCCUCGAUUGUGAAAAACAACGUCCCUUAAAAUAAUAAUAGGUUUCACUCCUCAGGUGUGCACAGGUACAUUAGAAGAAUGCCUUGAAGCUGUACUGUUCUGUGUUUCAAAAUAAAACCUAAGAUAUUUAAUAAUUUAAGUGGUUUAUAGAGCUAUUAAAGCUAUUGAUGCUACUAUAAAGUAGGGGUGUGCAAUUUGGUAGAAAUGCUGUAUCACAAAAUGUAUAUGGUGAUACAGCACAAAAUGACACAAAAUUAUAGCUUUAGAUUCCUAAAAAUACAGUGGUUUUGAUUCAAAAUUGCGUUUGAAUCCAAUUAAACAGGAGUAAUAACCCAAUACAAUUCACGUAUACACUUAUAUUUCAAUUGUAUUGAAAUAUGCAGCAUGUCAGAGCUCUUAAAGUGCUAAAAAAAAUCCACAAUAUGCUAAGAAUAUUAAAAUUAUACAGCUCUGCAAAAAAAAAAAGAUUUUUUUUCGAUUUAACCAAAUUGAAAAGAAAAAAAAACACUGGAAUAUAAUCAAGAGGAAGAUGGAUGAUCACAAACCAUCAAACCACCAAACUGAACUGCUGUCUGAAUUUCUGCACCAGGAGUAAAGCAGCAUAAAGUUAUCCAAAAGCAGUGUGUAAGACUGGUGGAGGAGAACAUGAUGCCAAGAUGCAUGAAAACUGUGAUUAAAAACUAGGGUUAUUCCACCUAAUAUUGAUUUCUGAACUUUUAAAACUUUGAUUAUUUGAGGUUUGAAAAUUCUAAAAAAAAAAAAAAAAAAAGAAAAGAAAAUUUCUAAUUUUCUGCAAAUAAAUGCUCCAAAUGACUAAUAAUCCAGAGCUGUAUAUUACAAUAUAAAAUAUCAUCAUAUUGCAUCAUAUUGCUCACCCAUACUCUAUAUUAAAUGGAAGAAAUGGGUUUAAAAAGCUAUAUUUUUUUAUUUCAGUCGAUACAAUACAAUUCUGACAUUGAUAAAAGAUUUAAACUCGUGGCAGAUUCUACUAACACUAAAAAUAUUUUUUAUUUUUAUUUUUUUUGCUACACAAUCAAUUAAUCAAUAAAACAGGAUUUUUUAGUACACUCUCUAUAAUAAAAAGCAAAGUGGGUUUAGUGUUCUUUAAGUACUGAGGUUAUUCUCGGUAUGCUUAAUACGAAUCAAUACGAUUAGAAAAUGUAUCGCAAUACACGAUUAAAAAAAAUAUUAAAUAUAUAUACAUAUGUCCAGCUCUACUUAGAUAAUAAAUAAAUCAUCUUUUGGAUUUGAAAUACAGUACAGUAUUGCCUGCCAUAAGCUAAAAACUAAAGUCACACUUGAAUGAUAAAACAUGAUAAAGCCAUAAAAACACAUUUAAAAAAAAGGAGAAUUUAUCAUUCAUUUUUUAAGUGCUAUCUCUCUGAAGAAAUGAGAAAUCCCUGUUACAUUUUUCACACUGGUACUUACCGAACAUUUAGUUCCAACUGAAAUACAGUAUAUUACCUCACACAGUAUUUUCCAUAACCUAUGCAAGAAAAAAAAAGAAGAAUUAGGAAAUACGGGUGCAUCUAAAAAAAAAAGAAAAAAAAAUAGAAGAUAAUUCAAAAGUUACUUUAAUUCAGUAAUUCAGUUAAAAAAUGUGAAACUCAUAUAUAAUAUAUAGAUGUAUUACACACAGAGUGAUCUAUUUUAAUUGUUAAUUUAUUUUAUUGUUGAUUAUUAUUCUAGAUUUUAGCCAAUGAAAACCCCCCAAAAAAUAAUAAGACUAAUUGGUACUUUUGGGAAUGUGGGCAGUGUGCAGAGUCCUGCUGGAAAAUGAAAAAUCUCCAUCACUGAUUGGUGGAAACUUCACACUAGACCUCAAGCAACUUGGAUGGUGUGUGUCUCUCCACUCUUCCUCCAGACUCUGCUCCCUUGAUUUUUACUGACUUUAACAUUUAUAAAGAUGCAGAUUUCAUUUUCCAGCAGUAUUUGGCGCACGGCCUACACUGCAAAAAGUACCAAUUUGUCUUUUAUAUAAUAUUCUAAUUUUAUGAUUAGAUACUGAUAUUUGGGUUUUCAUUGGCUGUAAGCCAUAAAAAAAAAUCAACAAUAAAAUAAAUAAAUGCUUAAAAUAGAUCACUCUGUGUUUAAUACAUCUAUAUAAUAUAUGAGUUUCACAUUUUGAACUGAAUUACUGAAAUAAAGGAACUUUUUUUUUUUAUUUUUUUAUUUUUUAUUUAGAUGCACCUGUAUGUUCAGUAUUGAUGUUACUAUUGGGAAAUUCAACGUAUUUUUGUUACCUUAUUUGAGAUAUUGGUCCAGAUGCCUUUAUAUAUGAAGAACCUUUAGCAAGGUGCCUUUGGAUCCUUUUUGAAUGUAGAAGCUGGAGGACCAUGAGGACAGUCGUUUCCAAUCAUCUGCUGUCUCUGGAGCUCCUGACGGUAGAGUUCAGUGCUGUUAAAGUUCACCCAAAAACAGCACAAAGCCUCUUUUUGUUUUAAUAUUAAUACGAAUGAAAGGUUGUUCAUUUGGCUCCACACUGAAACAAACUGGACCAUCCAAUGACUGGCUAACCCAGAGGCUUGGAAAAAGCAAAACGUGGCACUGAAAUCUAUAUUUAUUGUUUUGUAUUUAUUUAUCAGUGACAGGGUUCACUAUAAAUAGCGUUUUGUACCGCCUUUUUUAAGAUAUGUAUAAUUAUCGGAAGCAGUGCCUUCCAUAAUUAUGACAGUUAUACUGUCGAAAUGACAAAGCAGCAUCUGCUAUGGAGAUGGAACUGCCUCCAAAAGCCAGAGACGGUCACUUUAGCAUGGUUUAGUGCUGUAUUUUAAUAUUUCUGAGGGGGAAAAUUUUAAUUUACACAGUUUGGCUGGUCUAAAUAGCUUCGUUUUAAGGGUACUUAGCCUUUAGAUGAAACAGUUAUUGCUAAUAUAUGAACAAAAUCUUACAAACAAGGGAUUUUUUAGCUGCUAUCAUGCUAGCAAAAAAAUAUCCUGUGCACAAACAUCUUCAGAAGACUGUUGGAAAUUGGAGAAAACUGCUACAGGAAGACGUCUGGCUGACCCAUAUGGCAACAGCUUUAGCCUUUAGGUGGUCUGGUCUGAACUUGAUCCGGUCCCGAUCCGACCCAGCUAUCAAAUAUAAUCCUUUAAUUUGAGCUAAACUGUUGGAGUUUAAUCUGAAAUAUUAGCCAGAAAACGCUAAUUAGUUACCACAGCUAUGAACAAACGCUGUCUCUGCUGCUCCAUGCUGUUUACACGCACAGUAUGUGCAGCGUUCACUGCUCACAACCACUACUAUAGCUAGCAAUUCAAACACAAUUCUCCUAGUCUCCUAGGUUUAAAUUAUUCCUUUAAAUGGAGUAAACUGGUACAGGAAGAGUCACGUCUGGCUGACCCACAUGGCAACAGCUUUAGCCUUUAGCUCAGAUUAACAUGGUUGGACUAAGUCUCCAUUUCAGCAGUGAAAACAACCGGUUUUCACUGCUCGCAGACACUAUUAUAGCUAGCAGUUCAAACACUCAAACAAAAAUUCUAAUUUAGCUCUAAUUUAGCUUUAGAUUAUUCCUUUAAAUGGAGGAAACUACUACUACAGGAAGAGUCACGUCUGGCUGACCCACAUGGCAACAGCUCAACAUGAUUGGACUGAGCAGAAAAUGCUAAUUAGUUACCACAGCUAUGAACAAACUCUGUCUCUGCUGCUCCAUGCUGUUUACAUGCAGGGUAUGUGCAGCGUUCACUGCUUGCAGCCACUCUUAUAGCUAGCAGUUCAAACACUCUGGUGCAGGAAGAGUCACGUCUGGCUGACCUACAUGGCAACAGCUUUAGCCUUUAGCUCAGAUUAACAUCAGCUUAAGGUCUGAACUUGAUCUGGUCUCGAUCCGACUAAGCUAAACUGAUGAUAAGGCGCAGAUAUAUUAGCCAGAGAAAGCUAAUUAGUUACCACAGCUAUGAACAAACGCUGUUUCUGCUGCUCCAUGCACAGUCUGUGCAGCGUUCACUGCUCGCAGCCACUAUUAUAGCUAGCAGAGUUGCGUUUGGCUGACCCACAUGGCAAUAGCUUUAGCCUUUAGCUCUGAUUAACAUGAUUAAGGACUAAGUCUGUUCAGUUUCAGCAGUAAAGAAGAGAAUUAGAGUUAGUCUGACAGGUAAAGUAGUGCAGUAAUAAAGUCAUUAAUGAGAUAAAGAUAAAAUAAAAAAAGCAAUACAGAGCAAUUAGUUACCACAGCUAUGAGCAAACGCUGUCUCUGCUGCUCCAUGCUGUUUACACCCACAGUAUGUGCAGCGUUCACUGCUCAGUUUCAGCAGUGAAGUGUAAAAUCCUUCAGAUAUGUAAAAUACCAGCAUUAAAUCAUGUUCUGCAGGACCGUUCUCUGGCGUCUCACUUUUGGGGCAGUUUUUAUCCUUCCUGAUCCUAAUAAACAUUAUCGGGAGCAGCGUCUUCCAUAAUGUGAAGAAGAAGAUGGUAGUUUUUGCCUACCAGCGUGUUGAUAUCGAGGGCAGUGCCCCUCAUAUUUCACUGUAGGGUGGAUGAAGUUAUCGGGAACAGUGUUUCCCAUAAUGUUGUACAUAUAUUAUCUGUAUUCACACACAGUAAUCAUAAUCACGAUAUAACCGUAAUAACCCUAACGCGUGUUUUUCGGCUGUUAACCGCUUCUUUUUCCCGCAGUUGUGAAUUCAAGCGCUGAUUAUUAUGAUUAAAUAAAUGAAACAAAAAUCAGGAAAGUCGUAGCAGUGUAGAUCGUACAGAAAGGCACUGUGUGAUUUUUUAUUGUGAUGGGCAUUUGUAUGAUUCUGUCCUACAUAUUGUUUUUAAUUUUCUUUAAUUUUCUGACUUUAUUUUAUGUUCUUGUUUUUUUCGACAUGCUUUUUAGAUUCGAUAUUAGCGCUUUGUUUCUGUUUUUACAACCUAACUAUAUUGCCAAAAGUGUUCACUGGCCUGCAUUACGUUUAGAUAUAUUUGCAUUGCUUUGUUAUAAUAUCACUGACAGUUGGCUGUGGAAUAUUUAUUAGUGAGUAGUGAAAUUUCACCACUGGACACAAAUGCACAGUUGCUGCAUUCUAUUCAUUGAGCAUCUGUGGGGCAUCCUGAGAGGGCGAAUACUUUUGGCAAUACACUUUACUUUACUAUAAUUCUCUUUUCAUUAGAUUUUGACCUUAAAAAAACCUUUACAUGUUAAAUAUUCCAAGAGUUUUAGGAUAGUAAUAUAUUUGACACAGAAAUAAUAUAACCACUUGUCAUGUAAAAUUCAAAUUGAAUACUUUAGUCAUGAAUAAAGUAAGAUUUUGUUCUGUUUUUUGUUUGUAUUUUGCAUUUUUGCAUUUUGCCUGUAUCUACAAAAGAAACCCCAACAAAACCAGGUAUUUGUUAAUAAUAAUAUUACUAUACAGUUCUGUAAAUCGAAUUCAGCACUCCAAGCUUUCUGUUUCUGUUUGAAGGAUUUUCAAUAAAUAAACCUUUACUUUAAA